CUGCAAUGGAGUGCAUGGUUUCAGGCUGGACAUCUGUUGCUCGUGCCCACCUCCCACCCCUCCUCCUCCUCCAGGCCGGUUCUCUGGGAGGGACGUAGCGCACGGAGGGCCCUAGAGACACAGUGAGAUUCAGAGAGGAGACUGCCAGCAUCAUGACUGCUUCAUCUAUGGCUCACACUAUAGGAAAACACUCCAGUGCAAAAGAGGAGAGGAAGAUGCGGAAGCCUCUGAUUGAGAGGAAACGACGUGAGAGGAUAAACAAUUGUUUGGAUCAGUUGAAAGAGACUGUGAUCAGCGCCUUCAGACUUGAUCAAUCCAAACUCGAAAAAGCCGACAUACUCGAGAUGACAGUGAAACAUCUGCAAAAUAUCCGGACUAAUAUACUUCAUGACCCUCUGGAGUCCCAGCAGAAAUACAGCAAAGGAUACAUCCAGUGUAUGCAUGAAGUACACAACAUGCUCCUCACCUGUGACUGGAUGGAUAAAACUCUUGGCUCUCGCCUGCUCAACCACCUCCUCAGGUCUCUACCUAGGUCCACUCAAGAUCACACCCUACAGCCCACAGCUAGAAGUGAUGUCCCAACUCCGGUCAGUCCAGGCACCCGACCCCGAAACACAUCCAUCAGGAGAGACCAGAGCGAGCAACCCACCUGCCAUGUGUACGCAGUCUCUGGACACCAGGAGAGAGCUGUGCCCCACAGCCCCCACUUCAGAAUGCUGAAGAUGUGGCGGCCCUGGUGAACCUCUGAAUUCCGUCAGCAUGUUGUUAGGCCAACCUCUGUUAUGUAUCUUAUAGAUAUGCUGCUCAGAAGACAAACGUGGGGCACUUUUGUUCCAGUCAUUAUUGUUUUAGGUGUGCCAUAAUGAUUCUAUAAAGACCUUUGCUCCGUACUUCCCUUCCGAAGUUGACUUCUCGUAAGCCUGCAUUAUAGAAGGCUCUUAUUAAUCUUUCAUGUAUUUAUUGUAUUAACAUACUAUUUAUUUGCUAUUAUAAUGUAUCACUUUCCAUCUUUCUCCCACUUUCUUGGCAUUACAUAGAUCUUUGUCUGAUC